AUGGCUAGUGGACAGACUUCAAGUUUACUUAUUGAUAAUGUACAAAAAAUUUUAUCAGUUUAUGUACCAAACUAUAAUCAUGAUACUCUUAACAAAUUGUUGACAUUAAUGGGUGUUAAAUCACAUGGAACAAUAACUUUUUCUGAUAAUAAAUCUCAUCAAGCAGAUUUUAUUCGUAUACCAAAUGAUGCACCUGUUAUGCAUGUUCAAGAAUUCUUGAAUCGACAUUGGUUUGAUGAACCUCCAUCACUUGUCAUAUCAAUAACUGGUGGUGCAAAAGAAUAUAAUAUGAAACCAAGAUUAUUAAGAGCAUUUCGACGUGGCCUUCUUAAAGUUGCUCGAACAACCGGUGCAUGGAUUAUUACUGGUGGCAUGAAUACAGGUAUUAUGAAACUUGUCGGUGAGAUUGUGCAAAUAAAUCCUGAUCGUUUUCGACCAAUUCCUUUAAUUGGUAUUGCUACUUGGGGUUGUGUAUCCGGUCGUCAGGAUCUUGAUGUACAUGGCUCAAAUGUACAGUAUGCUAAAUCACGUAGUAAUACAAAAGGUGAAGCACCACUUGAACCAAAUCAUACAAAAUUUAUUUUUGUUGAUGAUGGAAGUGAAAAAAAAUAUGGUCGAGAAAUAGCUUUUCGAGCUAAACUUGAACAAGCUAUAUCUGGUGGAUUUUUUUCAUCAAAAGCUACAACAAAUUCUUUAAAUCAAUAUGCAAGUUUAUGUGGAACUUCGUCUUUACGACCAGAAAAUUCAGGUCCAGUACCUGUUGUUCUUCUUGUUGUCGAAGGUGGUCCAAAUACAGUUCGAACAGUCAAGGAAGCUGUUGUUGAAAAUAACAUUCCAGCUGUUUUUCUCGAAGGAACAGGUCGUUGUUGUGAUUUAUUUGCUAAAGCAUUCCGUCUUUAUAAUGAAUAUCGUACAAAAAUUGAACCUGAUGAUGAAGCACCAUCAAAUAUUGAUCCAAAUAUUUUAACAAAACGUUAUGAUGAAUUAAAAAUAAGACUCCGUGAAGAACUUAAAGAAGAACUUGGUGCAAUUAGUAACUCAAAUGAAAGACCAAGUACAGCGGAUAUUGGUACACGUUCUAUUGAUAGAACCGAUUAUUUUGAAUUAGUUUAUGAAUGUAUUCAUACUCGAAGAAAUUUUUUAAAUGUAAUCAGUCUUAGUUCACGUCAAUCAGUUGAACCUGAUAUUGAUUUAGUUAUUUUACAAGCUCUAUUAAAUGCUACUUCUGGUAUUGGAGGAUGUAAAACAAAUAUGCAACGAAAACGUGAACAACUUCAUUUAGCAUUAGAAUGGAAUCGUGUGGAUAUAGCUCGAAAUUAUAUUAUGAGAAAUGAAGCAGAUUGGAAUAUUGAUUUAAAUGAUUUAUUUUUAUUGGCACUUGUCCGCAAUCAAACAGCAUUUGUCGAAUUAUUUCUUGAACAUGAUUUUUCAUUAACUGAUUUAUUUCGUGAUGUUGAUAAACUUCUUACACUUUAUAAUUAUGAAAAAAAAGAAACUGGUGGUUUAAUACAAUCUUCUCACGAUGCAUUACGAACAUUAUAUAAAGAAAGAAUUCAACCAUUAAUAGGAGAUUUUUUUGAAGUUGAUACUGCACUUGCUCAAAAAGAUUUAACAUUAAAUCCUGAAUCUAAAAAUGAAAUUGACGAUGAAAUAAGUGGUUGUUGUGGUCGAAGACGGUAUCAUAGUCCUCCAGGAAUUAAUCAUCGUGGUAGUGUACAUUCAGAAGGAUCAACAGCUGGUUCUGGUACUAUUAUGGAUGCUGAUAGAGAACUUUUUUUGUGGUCAGUAAUAGCAGGUCGACGAGAUUUAGCAGUACUAUUUUGGUCUCGUGGCAAGAAUAAAAUAUGUGCUGCAUUAAUUGCCACAUUAAUAUAUAAACUCCAUGCUCGUGACGAGAAUGAUACUAGUUACAAACAAUCAAUUGAAGAAUUUGAGGGUUUCGCUGUACAAAUGCUUGACAAACUUUAUCAAGCAAAUUCUAAAGCAUGUUUAAAAGCAAUUAUACGACAAAUUCCAGCUUAUGGUAAUGCAACAUGGUUAGAAUUAGCUGUUGCAGCUGAUGCUAAACAAUUUAUUGCUCAACGAGCUGUACAAGAUCUAUUCAAUGAUAUUUGGUAUGGAUAUAUUAAUGAACGAGCAUCUCAUAUAACAAUCAUUUUUUCUACAUUUAUGAUUUUGUGUAGUGGUUUUCUUCCUUACAAUAAACAAUUAGUUACAGCAGAUGAUAAAAAAGCAAUUGAUGAUACAAUUAAUAAACCACAUUUCUUUGACAGACAAACAUCAAAACAAAAACGGAUUGCAGAUAGGCCUACAGAUGCAAUUCAAAUGAGGUUGUUGUUACCAAAGAUAAAGGAUGUAGAUGAUACUUCUGACAGGACACGAAGUGCAAUUUCUCAAUAUUUUUGCAAUAUAACUACAUUUAUACGUGCUCCAUAUGUUAAAUAUCUUUAUAACUUAUAUGCUCAUAUGAUUUUUUUAUUACUUUUCUCCUAUGUAAUAUUGUGUGACUUUUUUCCACUUUAUAAUUUUCCAGUGGAUACAUGUGCACCAUUUAGUAAUUCAGAAAAUCGUGAAGACUCUAUUAGUGGCAAAGAUGAUAAUGAACCAAUUACAACUAAUUUGUGGACUGGAAACGCGCAUAAUACUAGUAAAUCAGUUUCAUAUGGAUUUCAACGGCGUAAACGACCGGCUGCUACUGAAAUCAUACUUGUCAUAUGGGUAUUUACAUUAGUUUGCGAAGAAAUUCGACAGUUAUUUACAAUAGAAGCACAAUCAACACGAAAUGCUGUUAUAGCUUAUUUUAAAACUUUUUGGAAUAAAUUAGAUGUUUUGGCUUUAGUUUUAUUUUUCGUCGGUUUUGCACUUCGAUAUAUUCCAACAUCACAAUGUUUUUGUGCAGCACGUAUUGUUUUAUCAGUUGAUUUAUCAAUUUGGUUUAUACGUUCAUUGGAUCUGUUUGCUGCUGUAAAACGACUUGGACCUAAACUUGUUAUGAUUGGUGAAAUGCAACAAUAUCUACAUCAUGUUUUACAAGUUAAUCUCGUACAUGAUUUGAAAUUUUUCAUGUUAAUGUUCUUUGUAUUUAUCUUGGCGUUUGGCGUACCAUUUUAUGGUUUAGUAUAUGGUGUACAAGAAUUUUCUCGACAUUUACCACGUAAAAUUAUAAAUCUUGCUUAUUGGCAAAUAUUUGGUGAAUUACAAGCCUUAGAUACAUUUGAAAAAAAUUAUGAACCAAAUGGUUAUGCAGCGUUUAUUUUAUUGGUUGCUUAUAUGACAAUUGUUAGUAUACUCUUGGUUAAUCUACUUAUUGCUAUGUUCAGUAAUACUUUCGAUCGUCUUCAACAUGAUACAGAUCGUAUCUGGAAAUUUCAACGAUAUUCAUUAAUAUGUGAAUAUCUAUCACGUCCAUCAUUACCACCACCUUUCAUUUUCUUCUCUCAUGUUUGGCGAUUAACAUUAUCUAUUUUGGCACGGUGUUGUAAAUCAUCUUCUAUUCAAACUAAAUAUCAAGAACAUUUGGAUCGAAUAAGAUAUAAAAUUUCACUUGAUGACAAAAGUGCAGCAAAUAUUGAAAUAGCUGAAGAUGCACUUGGUGAUGAAGUUUAUUAUAAUUUUUUAAAAAUUGGAAGAAAAGCAUUUGAUGACACUGAUCUAGAUGAAGAACGAGUUCAAUCACCACAAGACAAUAUAUUAAAUAAAAUUCGCGCACUUGAAAAUCGUAUACAACUAAUGAAUACUCAACAAGUUCAUAUGUGUGAAUAUCUUGAACAUUUGAUGGAUGGUUUAAAAGCUAUGGGUGGUGAUCGUAUCAAAGUACCUCAACGACGUCGUUUAGAUCCUGAAGAAUCAUUUGAUGAUACAAACAAUAAUAUUGAUCAAUCAAAACAAAAUUAUCGACGAGAAUCAUUAAUAGAUGAUGAUCGUCCUCGUUCAAAUUCUAAUCCUGAUGAACAACAAUCACAAAUGAUUAAUCUUUUUUCUUCUCGCAGACACUGA